AUGGUCACGUUAGAGAAAAAACAGAUGGUUUUGACAACGUGCAUGGUGGUUUUGGCUAUAGAGAACGGAAUGAAGAUGGCAACCGCAUCCUUGAGUUUGCUGAAAGUCACGGAUAGUCCAAGUUUUUACAGUUGGCGCGCCACGCACGGAGAUGAUGAUGAUUUGGAGUCAUGUUCGCAAAAUGGCUGGUAUGAACUCUUCCUAAAGACCUCGGUUGAAAAGGUUGACAACCUAAAUAGUUUGGCGCUAGACAAUGUCAGAGUCUUGGCAGUUAAAAGCGAGCUUUGGUCAACGUGGUUGAGGACGGUGCCCUACACCUCAUGUGGCAGAAGGUUUGAUGAUUCGGUCAUCCGAGUAAGCUUGGGGUUGAGGCUAGAUAGGAAUUUUGGACUUGACAGUCACAUAAUUUCUCCAUGGGCUAUGGGACGUUCGCUGGCCUGGGAUGUGACGUUCCCCCACACGAUGGCCAAAAGAUACAUCUCUUUCACAUCGGUUGAGGCAGGUACCGCGGCUUUAAAAGUAUACGACCAAAAAUUUUCCAUAAGUAUGCUACUCUCAAUGAUUCUAAAAUUUUUCAACCAAUAUGCAUCGAUAUCUUUGGACCAACCGACAACAUUACCCAUAUGUUUUUGA